CUGAUGAUCAAGGAACGUCAGCAUUUGACCCCAGAAACCUAGAAAUUCAGGUGGCAUGCAGAAAUUCCGGUCAUGGGACGCAGUCUGCGUCCCCGUCAGCCAGGGAGGCAGAUUUCCAGGCCCCCCCCGUCAGCCCUCCCCUCCCUCAGACUCCAGGGGUCUUGGCCCCCAGCCCUUGUCACCCAGGUCCCAGUUCAUCAGACCCCUAUCCCCCUGAUUCCUCAGACUCGGGAGUCCAGGCCCCCAUCUGGAAGGACCCCCUGAUUGCAUCAUCCGUUCAGCCUGAUCUGGCCACGGUGGAAUCCUAGCUCCUGCCAAGUGGGUCAAAUAUCAUGGGUCAGGUGUGGGGGAAGGUGAUUGGGCAGGUCUGUCUGGAUAUAAAUUUUGGAGUCCCUGCAUCCAUUCUAAGAGACCUGGGUAUUCGGUUCAGCUGGGAAUCCACGUGUGAGAGGACCCAGGCGUUCAAGCUGCGAUCCGUGGAUCUGCUCUCCCAGACAGCCAGGCUCUGAAACAGAAUCUACACUAUUCCGCUCAUCAAAUCUCAGACCCCAGAUCUCGCCUGAGGACGUGAGCCAGUGAUGGGCUGGGAGGAGGCCAGGUCUGAGCACCUGGGGCUGUGGGUCCCUGUGCUGGCUGUCCUUUUGCUGGAAGCCUGCCGGGCACACCCUAUCCCUGACUCCAGCCCCCUCCUCCAGUUUGGAGGCCAAGUUCGACAGCGGUACCUCUACACGGACGAUGCCCAGGAGACAGAGGCCUACCUAGAGAUCAGGGCUGAUGGCACAGUGGUGGGGGCUGCCCGCCGGAGCCCCGAAAGUGUCUUGGAGUUGAAAGCCCUGAAGCCGGGGGUCAUUCAAAUCUUGGGUGUGAAAACAUCCAGGUUCCUGUGCCAGGGCCCGGAUGGGACACUGUAUGGAUCGCUCCACUUCGACCCCAUAGCCUGCAGCUUCCGGGAACUGCUGCUCGAGGAUGGGUACAACAUCUACCACUCCGAGACACUCGGCCUCCCACUUCGCCUGCCCCCCCACAACUCCCCAUACCGGGACCUGGCGCCCCAGGGACCUGCCCGCUUCCUGCCCCUGCCCGGCCUGCUUCCGGCCCCCCCGGAGCCUCCAGGGAUCCCAGCCCCUGAGCCUCCCGACGUGGGCUCUUCGGACCCCCUGAGCAUGGUGAGGCCUUUGCAGGGCCGAAGUCCCAGCUACACUUCCUGAAGCCACGGGCUGUUUAUUAUGGGGUCUCCUCUAUUUAUUGGGUUAUUUAUCUUAUUUAUUUUUUUAUUUUUCUUACUCGGGAUAAUAAAGAAUCUGAGAGGAGGACCCGGGUGAGCCUGUGUGUUUGAGGGAGGAUAUGGGAUCCGGCUGCCUUGUCUCCCAUCGACCCCAAGAACCCUUGCGCCCAUUGUCAGGAGGCUGUGGGAAGGUCCCAGUCGCCCUCUGGGCCUCAGUUUUCUGCUCUGCUUAGGUGUCCCCAGGGACUCUGGACUAUCCCUGCCCUUUGACAGGAGAAGGCUUGUUAACCUCCCCGCUUCCCCCACCCACCCCCAACUUCGUGCUUGUGUUGUGGAACUAUUUUUCUGAGGUCCCUCAAUAACGGGAACAUUUAAACAAUGACACCACAGACCUACAGCCUCAUGGGAGAUAUAGUUUUCUGGGUCCACUUAGCACGAGGAGUUGGAUGACAUCUGGGUCCUCAGGGCCAGGGCAAGGACUCUUGGAUCCUAGGGUUUUGGGUUUUUUUUUUUAAAGAUUUUAUUUAUUUAUUUGACAGAGAGAGACACAGCAAGAGAGGGAACACAAGCAGGGGGAGUGGGAGAGGGAGAAGAAGGCCUCCCGCUGAGCAGGGAGCCGGAUGCGGGGCUCGAUCCCAGGACCCUGGGAUCAUGACCUGAGCGGAAAGCAGAUGCUUAAUGACUGAGCCACCCAGGCGCCCUGGAUCCUAGGGGUUUAAUUGGUGUUAGAUGGGACACUUGGGUCCUGAGAGAUCAGAGAGCUGGACGUCUGGACACCUGGGUCCCAGGAGAACAGGGGAAGAGGAACGUGGAACCCUGGUCUGAGGGAAGGACUGGAGGGUGGGAGUCCUGAUUCUCAGGAGGAGCACUUAAGGAUCUAAAUGCAUCCAUCCAGGAGUAUAUCCACUGUCACAGACUCCAGUCCCAGUGAGUGAGUUGCCCGUUCUCCCUCCCUUCCCACCACCUAGAUUUCCACAUUGCUCCUCGGGUUAUUUCCCGGUUAGGAAAGACGGGAGGACGGAGAUACAACACCUGCCCGGGGUUGUGGUCAGCGCCCUCUGGGUCCCGGCGUCUGACCCACUACUGCAGCCUCUCGGGAGUUGUGGUCUUGGACCCUUCAUUUUUAAUCCCCACGUUCAAAUGAGAGGAACAUCUCAGUGGAAGGGCGGGGAUAUCAGUGCAGGUCCCAGCUGCUCAUGGGAGGGAUUCAAGGCCCAGAGGAGAUGAAAGUCUGCAUCUCGUGGAUGGGCGGUUUUCCACUCAGAUGGCACGAGGCUGGCUCAGGUGGGGGACAGCGUUGUCACUGGAAGCAGAAGCCGAGAUGCCAAAAAAGUCACCGGAAAGAGAGUUUUCAUUCCUGGCGGGGAGCUUCACUGGAGACGUAGGUUCUUUGUCAGAAGAGUCUGCCUGCCUCAGGAAAGAUCUCCCUCGAGAUCUGCCCCAUCACCUCUCACUGCUUCUAGACUCCAUUCUGGCAGCUUCCACAGGGUGAGGUGCAAAGUGUGGUCAGUGAAGAGCCACGAAGCACACCCAAAGAACAGCGGCAUCUCGCCCUUGAAAUUGGCAGUGACCUGGGGGGCCAGUCUGGGAAGGGAACUUGCUAGAAAUGCACAUUCCCGACCCCGGACCUCUUGAAUCAAAAAAUUCUGGGGACUAGGCAAACUCCUAGACACAGAAAUCAGCUUAGUGAUUACCCCCCAACUGGCAGGAGGGUGGAACAGGGAGCCUAUUAUUUUCCCCCCGGGGCUUGCCAUAACAAAGUACCACAAACUGAGUGACCUAAAACAACAGAAAUUUGCUCUCUCAUGGUUCUGGGGCAAAAAAGUCUGAAAUCAAGGUGUUGGCAGGGCCAGGCUCUCUCCAAAGGUUCUCAGGGAGGAGACUUCUUUGCUUCUUCCCAGCUUCUGAUGGUCACCGGCAAUCCUUGGCAUCACUUGGCUUAUAGACAUGUCACUCCAAAUCUCCAUCUCCAUCUUUAUAUGGCCUUUUCCCCAAGUGUCCGUGUGUGUCUGUGUCUAAAUUGCCCUCUUGCAAGGACACCAGUCAUAUCAGAUUUAGGACCUAGUCUAAUCCAGGAUGACCUCAUCUUAAUUUAAUUACAUCUACAAAGACCCUAUUUCCAAAUAAGGCCACAUUCACGGGUUUCAGGAGAACAUGAAUUUCCAGGGGAUGCUAUUGAACUCAGUAUGUACCCUGGCAGUUUCCUACUCUCAUCUGGUCUCGCUCACGUAUAAGUAUAUUUAGGAGGGGUGUGGGCCAGGAAAGCUCUCCUGGGCUCAGAGUUCUUAAAGUUUACUCUUUGCUCUUUCCAGAUGGUAUUUAAAAAUAUAACCUCUCUUGGGGCGCCUGGGCGGCUCAGUCAGUUAAGUGUCUGCCAUUGGCUCAGGUUGUAGUCCUGGGGUCCUGGGAUUGAGCCCUGAGUCCAGCUUCCUGCUCAGUGGGGAGUUUGCUUCUCCCUCUCCCUCUGUCCCUGCUCAUGCGCUCUCUCUCGCUCGCUCACACUCUCUCUCCCAAAUAAAUAAAUCUUUAAAAUAAAUAAAUAAAAUAAAACCUCUUAUUGGGGCACCUGGCUGGCUCAGUAGGAAGAGCAUGUGACUCUUGAUCUCAGGGUUGUAGGUUCGAGCCCCACGUUGGGUGUAGAGAUUACUUAAAAAUAAAAUCUUUAAAAAAGGAAAAAAUACAUAUAUAUAACCUCUCAGUAUAUCAAACUCUCCAAAAUUGUGUAGACAGAUCUGUUUCCUCCCCCACCAGUAUCUGAACCUUUUCUCCCGGAGUUCCGGCCAAAAUAAAUCUGGGUUCUCCUUCCAUUAAUUUUCACAAGAAUAGAGCUUAGUCCAACCACUAAAAAGAAAGGAUAAUUAUGUAACCCGAUAGAGGUGCUCAUUAUUGCUAUAAUGGCAAUCAUAUUACAGUAUGUAAAUGUACCAAAUGAACAUGCCAUGCGCCUUGAAUUUCUUUCUUUCUUUCUUUCUUUCUUUCUUUCUUUCUUUCUUUCUUUCUUUCUUUCUUUCUUUCUUUUAAAGAUUUAUUUAUUUGACACAGAGAGACAGCUAGAGAGGAAACACAAGCAGGGGGAGUGGGAGAGGGAGAAGCAGGCCUCCGCAGAGCAGGGAGCCGGAUGCGGGGCUCGAUCCCAGGACCCUGGGAUCAUGACCCGAGCCGAAGGCAGACGCUUAACCACUGAGCCACCCAGGCGCCCCUCGCACCUUGAAUUUAUACAGUGUUAUAUGUCAACUAUAUUUCAAUAACAUUUUUUUAAAGCACGGAGCUUUGUCCUCCCAAAUGAGAGAUUCUUGAGGGGGCCUGAGUGGCUCAGUCCGUUAAGCGGCAGACUCUUUUUUUUUUCCUCUAAGAUUUAUUCAUUUAUUUGUUUAUUUAUUUAUUUAUUUGUUCGUUUGUUUGUUUAUUUGAGAGAGAGCACGAGAAAGAGAGAGAGAGAGAGCACAAGCAGGGGGAGAGGCAAAGGGAGAAGCAGGCUCCCUGCUGAGCUGGGAGCCCAAUGCUCAGUCCCAGCACCCUGGGAUCAUGACCUGAGCCUAAGGCAGACACCUAACUGACUGAGCCACCCAGGAGGCCCAAGCGGCGGACUCUUCAUGUUAGCUCAGGUCUUGAUCUCAGGGUUGUGAGUUCAAGCCCCAGGUCGUCUCCAUGCUGGGUGUGGAGCCUACUUAAAAAAGAGAGAGAUUCUGCUGAGGAACUGUGAGAUCUCAGGGGACCCAGACCCCCACCCCAGCAUCUUCCAACCUUCCCAUCAUCUGGACACCACCUACUAUACUAAUUGGAGCUGUGAGCCAGGGCGCGCACACACACACACACUCACACACUCUCACACACUCACACACACACACUAUUUGAGUGUGGCUGUUCUAACUGCUCUCACCAAGUCCUCAGCUAUGAAGGCAACCUCUCCUCUAGGGGUGGGAGCUGGGGGGAAACUUCCAGGCUUGCUAGUUUCCUUUCCUUCCUAUACCGCUAUACUGGGACUGGCUCCGCCCCCACCCGUAUUUCAGGGCUCCGUGGGGGCUCCAUUGUCAGCUGGGUUUGUGCAAGAUGUCAUUUGUGAGUUUUUGCUGUCCUAGUUGCUGUACCUGGAUUUGCUUCUGUUGUUUUGUGGGGAUGGGGCUGGAGGAGCGGGUGGGGGUGGGAAGAUUCAGAGAUCGUGCUACCCAACCUGAAUCUCAUCGUGAGGAGACAUCAAACAUUUUUCAAUCAGGAGGCCUUCUGCCAAACAACUGGCCUUGACUCUUCAAAAAAGUCCAGGUCGAGAAAGAGGAAGAUGGAGGACAAGUUCCCAUUAAUGGACGCCAGCAGCAGUCCUUUGAGCAAUCAGGUGAUAUCCCGGUUGUGAGUAAGACACCUGAUGAAAUUUGAAUGAGCUCCGUGCAUUAGAUAGUAGUAAUUGAUCCAUGUGAAAUUUUCUGACUUGGAUCAUUGCAUUGUGGUUAUUAAAAAGAAUGUCCUUGGGGCGCCUGGGUGACUCAGUUGGUUAAGCGACUGCCUUCGGCUCAGGUCAUGAUCCUGGAGUCCCUGGAUCGAGUCCCGCAUCGGGCUCCCUGCUCGGCGGGGAGUCUGCUUCUCCCUCUGACCCUCCCCCCUCUCAUGUGCUCUCUCAUUCUCUCUCUCUCAAAUAAAUAAAUAAAAUUAAAAAAAAAAAAAGAAUGUCCUUGUUCUUAGCAAAUACACACUGCAGUAUUCAGGGACAAAGGAGCGUGGUACCUCCAGUGUUUUCUCAAAUACCUCUGGAAAUGUAAAUAUAUAAUAAUACAGAGAGAUAGUGACCCGAUGAUAAAGCAAAAGCGGGGCGGGAACAGCGAGAACUGGGGAGCCUGGAAAACAUCUAUGGAGUUCUUUGCACGAGUCUUGAAACUUUUCUGUAAGUUCAAAAUUAUAUCAAGUAAAAGCUACCCCUGCAGAAAAAAAAUCCCCGCUGCGACCCCACUGUUAUCUCGCCUCUUUCCAAACAUCCUUCUAAACGUACAGAUGAGCUUAAGAGAAGACAGAAAUUUCCAGAUCUCCUCCUUCACAGAAGACGAAGAAGACGAAGAUGAAGAGGAAGAAGAAGAAGAAAGAAAGAAAAAGAAGGAGGAGGAGGAGAAGGAAAAAAGAAAAAGAAGAAAAGGAAGGAAAGAAGGAGGGAAGGAAGCAAGGACAUUGAACAGCAGGACUAAACAGACUUGUCUCACCCCAUCCCACCCUGCAAUUAGUUUAUUUUAUUUUAUUUUUUAUUUUUAUUUUUUUAAAGAUUGUAUUUAUUUAUUUGACAGAGAGAGACACAGCGAGAGAGGGAACACAAGCAGGGGGAGUGGGAGAGGAAGAAGCAGGCUUCCCUUGGAGCGGGGAGCCCGAUGUGGGGCUCGAUCCCAGGACCCUGGGAUCAUGACCUGAGCCAAAGGCAGAUGCCCAAUGACUGAGCCACCCAGGCGCCCCUAUUUUAUUCUUUAAAAGAUUUUAUUUUUAAGUCAUCUCUACACCCAACGCGGGGCUCAAACUCACAACCCAGUGAUCAACAGUCGAAGGCUCCACCAACUGAGCCAGCCAGGCGCCCCAACCCUGCAAUAACUUUAGAUUGUAAAGCUUUCAGAGAAAAACGGUUUUUGAAAUCUAUUUUUUUAAUGAUCAAAUAUGCACUUUCUUAACUAUUUUUAAGUCUACAGUUCAGCAGUAUUGAACGUAUUCACAUUAUUGAGUAGCCAGUCCCCAGAACUUUUUCAUCUUGUAAAAUUCAACCUCUGUACCCAUUAAACAACUCCCCAUACCCUCCUUCUUCCAGCCCCUGGCCACCACCGUCUACUUCCUGUUUCUAUGAAUUUUACCACUUUAGAUACAUCAGUGGAAUCAUAGAGUAUUUUUGUGUGUGUGAAUGUCUUACUUCACCCAGCAUAAAGUUCAUCCAAAGUGUUGUAGAAUGUGUCAAUAUAUCCCUUAUGGUUAAAUAGUAUUCCACUGUAUGGACAGACCACAUUUUUGUUUUCUAUGUACCCAUCGAUGGGCAUUUGGGCUGCUUUCACCUUUUGGCCAUUGUGGAAAAGGCUGCGAUGAAAACAUAUGUACAAAUAUCUCUUCAAAAACCCUGGUUUCAGUCUUUGGAGGAUACACUCAGCAUUGUAUUGCUGGAUCAUAUAGUAACUCCACUUUUAAUCUUUUGAGGAACUGCCAGUCAUGGUUAAUUGCAUGGGUCAGCUUGACGCGACGAAGGGAUACCCAGAGAGAUGGUAAGACAUUAUGUCUGGGUGUGUCCGUGAGUGUAUUUCUGGAAGAGAUUAGCGUUUGAUUUUGCAAACUCAUCAAUGUGAGUGAACAUCACAGAAAGCUGUAUAGAUACACAUAAAUCCCUAAUCAGAUAUAUGAUUUGCAAAUAUUUUUCUUUUAUCCCGUGGGUUGACUCUGUUGACUGUCUCCUUUGAUGCACAAAGGUUUUUAAUUUGGAUACAGUCUCAUUCUUCUAUUAUUACUCUUGUUGCCUGUGUUUUUGUUGUAAUAUCCAGGAAAUCAUUGCCCAAUCCAACGUCAUGACGCUGCCCCCCUCCACCCCACCCUGCCAUGUUUUCUUCUAUGAGCUUUAUAGUUUGGGUCUUUACGUUUAGGUCGCUGAUUUAAUUUGAGUUAAUUUUUGCAUGUGGUGUUAGGUAAGGAUCCAACUUCAUUCUUUGGCGUGUGGACAUGCACAACAAAUGAGCAUCAUUUGUUGAGAAGACUGUGGUGAGGUCUUUUAAUGUCAGAAAAGCUUUUAUGGAUGGACACAAAUAUUCACAACUAUUUGUUUCUUUGGUAAUGAUUAAUGAAUUUUUAAGCAAUCCACUUUCCUCUAAAUAUUAGCUGACGACUUCCACAACUAAAGAUAGCAAGCUUAUGCAUUUCAUAAUUUUAGAUUUUUCCAAACAUAAAUCAAUGAACUUCCACAAGCCUGGUAUCUCAGAUUCCCUUAAAUGAGUGAUGUGCCUUGAAGAGAAGACAGUAAUAACAAGCUUGAUCAUAUUUUUUGCAAGUCAAAUAUACGAGAUUUUUCUAAAUGCCUUGAAUAUCUCAAGGACAGACAGAUAGGAGUACAGUGAUCAGCAAAUCAAUUUCUUUACAUUUAACUGCUUACAAAGGUGCCAGUGUCCUGGAUAUAAAUGUUUCUUCAAUACCUCUAUUCUGAUCAAGAUUUUGAUUUCACAGUCCUGAUACUUCUUACUUGUGAUUUUUCUUACCUUAUACGUAGGCUUCAAUCAUCCACAAGCUGAAGUUAACAGUUUGAGGGUUGAAGAUUCAAUCCUAGGGUAUGAGCCCUGCUACCUUCCAAGUUAAUUCCCACCACGCCCGAAUUCCAUGACAGUUAGACUUUGUCACCAUCACCCGGAUUAAGAAAUUGAUUUUGGGGGGCACCUGGGUGACUCCAUCAGUUAAGUGGCUGACUCUUCAUUUCAGCUCAGGUCAUGAUCUCAGGGUCUCAGGUCAUGAUCUCAGGGUCAUGAGAUGGAGUCAGGCUCUGCGCUCAGCGGGGAGUCUGCUUGAGAUUCUCUCUCUCCCUCUCCCUCUGCAUGCCCCCCACUCUCUCAAAUAAAUAAAUAAAUUUUAAAAAGUGAUUUAACAGGGGCGCCUGGGUGGCUCAGUCAGUUAAAUGCCUGCCUUCCACUCAGGUCAUGAUCUCAGGCUCCUGGGAUCGAGCCUCAUGUCACGGUCUCUGCCCAGCGGGGAGCCUGCUUCUUCUCCCUCUGCUUGUGCUCUCUCUCUGUGUCAAAUAAAUAAAAUCUUAAAAAAAUAAAAAUAAAAAAGUAAUAAAAGUGAUUUAACAUUAAAAAAAGAAGAAGA